GGCGGGGUGGGCGGGAGGACGUUCCCAGGGUGCCGUGCGGCAGGCGGCGAGCCAUCUUGCAGUAAGAGGGGCAGGGAGAGAGGGAGAGGGCGAGAAACAGCCGGCUUGCACCCGGGUCGCUGCGUGAGAGUCAGCGGGGUGGGCUCUGCUGUCCCACUCCCCACCAUAAAUAAAUAAAGAAGCCCCUCCCUCCCCCGAGUUUCUAACCUCCUCUCCCCGCCUGAACGGCCUGUGCAGCGGCUGCCGGGGUUGGUGGGUGGGUUCAGCCAGCGUGUGUCCGGUUGAGUGAGGUGAAGGCCCUGGCUCCGGGCAGGGAGGUACUUUACUCGUUCCCCUCCUCAACCACCCCGUCGUUUCCCUCCCUCUCUCCCCAUUCCACACCGUCUCCGGCCCAUUUGCACGGCAGAGGGAGGUGGUGGACGAUGGCACCGCUCGGCUAGUCAGGACAAGAACCUACCUACCCCCCUCCAUUUCUUCUGCCCCACUCUUGUCCACUCCCCCCCCCCCCCCCCGCUCGCCGGCCGGCCGGCUCGCCCUCCCUCCCUCCAGUCCAGUCAGCCGGGGGCCCCUGAGUUCCCCUGUCCCCGGAUAGGAGGAGGAGGAGGAAGACGCUUCUAGUUCUGGGGGAGGGAGGAGUGGGGUAGGCGGUGUUUCAUCUGCGACACCGGCCCGGCCUUCCAUUCUUUUUAUUGCUAGUUGGGGGGAGAAGAGAGAUCAGUUAGCGAGAGAGCAGCGGCUGAAUUCCACCCCGGGUAGGGCAGGCUCACGGAGCCCGGCUGUUGCACCCCUUCCUCCUCCCCUCCCCUUCCUUUCCCUCUCGGACCAGAAGGUGGGGAGGGGAGCCCAGCCCGUGAGAUAGACGGUGAAAGCGCCGUGUGACUAACGACGAGCUGUAGAGUCACCCACAUACGCUUUGCCCGAGCUGCCGCAGCAAGAAGUGGGACUCCGGGACGAGAGACACCUCAUCCGAGCGAAACCAAGAGAGGAGCAGCAGACAUGGUUAUUCUCCGCGGCUGUCGCAGUAUUUUAGGUGUGUGAGAGCGGGGCAGUUUAACCCCCUCGCCUACAGGACAACCUACUGACUUUCGGAGAUUUAUUUGCCUAUUUAUCAUUUUCACUCUGCUGGGAUAUUUCCACUGCAACGAGAAGAUGGUUUCCCUGACCGACUGUGAAUUGUUAUAGAAGAGUGUUUCAGCAACACUUACAGCAGAUCCGUCGAAUUUAUACUCGUGGUUGUGUUUCCAGCUUUCGAGCGGCGGAGGGGCGAAAGACGAGGUGAGAGGAGCGGUCCUGAAGGUAUUUCUUACAGUUUCACGAUGCCGGUUAAAAAGAAGAGCGGUUUCCAGAUCACCAGCGUGACCACGGCUCAAGUGGCGGCCAGCAGCAUCACCGAGGAUACCGAGAGCCUGGAAGACCCGGACGAGUCCCGCACCGAGGACAUCUCCUCCGAGAUCUUUGACGUAUCGUCCCGGGCCACGGACUACGAGCACGCCGAAGUGUGCGACCGCAGUUCGUCCGACGAGACCCUCAACAAUGUGGGUGAGGCGGACACCCCCGGGGCGCUCUCGCCCAACAUCCCUCACGACCGGGAGAGUUUCGGGGGCCGGCUCCCCUCAAUGGGGGCAGGAGGAGGCGGCGGGACGGUUGCACCGCUCCCUGCCAGCGGGCCCGCCACGGCCUCGGGACCCACGCCGACCGCUUCCGCGUCGAUGAGCGGCGCCUCCGCCGGAGGGACGGCCAUGCAGCCGGCGGUAACUUGCACCUCGCGGUUCAGGGUGAUCAAGUUGGACCACGGCUCGGGCGAGCCUUUCCGCCGGGGACGGUGGAUUUGCACCGAGUUUUAUGACCGCGAUUCGGACAGCACGAUGCUGGCAAGGUCGGCCGACAACAUCAGACCCAACGCCAGCAGCAGCAGCAUUGCCUUGGAGCAGUCAUGCGCCGACAGGGACAGUGGCCUGGGCGCCACGGUCAGCUCCGUUCAGUCCAUGCACGUCGCCGAUUCCCAGGCUGACACUUCCAUCAGUGUCACGGUAGCGCAGUUAGCUCAGACUGAUGUACUUCACCAGAGUCAAAGUUUCGUGAAAGGCCAGCAGCCUCCAAGCGGGCUUCCAGUGACUCAAGCUGCAUCCGGCACUCAAAUCUAUACGCCUGCGGUGGGCGCUCAGCAACAUCUUUCGCAGAACAGCUUGGGGCAGCUCAGUGCUCUGCAAACGGGGAUUAAUGGUAUGGCCAUCCAGUCAGUCAGCGCCUCAAGCUCCCAGACUAAUGUAGCUGCUAAUGUACACGCUUCGCAAGCUAAACAGUUUCAGUUUUCUCACGUACCACAUUUACUACCGUCUCAAUCAACUGUUCCCAACAGCCACGCAGAAUACGUGCAACAUCUGCCUGCCAUGCAGGGUCUGGGAACUAUCCAGCAGUCUUCGCCAGGUACAGUAAUUCAGAACACUGCGGCUAUGAGCCUUCCAGCUGGUCAUGUGACAAGUCAGGGUCCUUCACCAGCCAUGCAGUCACCAGGCAGUGGAUCUCAGGUUGCAACAGUGCUACCCCAGAACAGUGAUUUGGACAGUCAGAGUGGCCAAGGGAAACAGAAUACUCGGCAGGGUCCUACAAAGGGUCUGAUCCUGCAGCAGCCAAGUUUGGGGUCGUCAGGUGUUCAGCAACAUUUAACCCAACAGCAUCAGGCUCUGGGUCUGCAGCCUGGAAUGAUCAGUCAGGUGCCUGGGUUACCCACUGUGGCUGCUGGCAUCCAAAAUGUGCCUAGUACUGGCGUUUCAAGUGUGCCUGGUGUGACGCCUAAUGUGUGCGCUGCGUCUGUUACAAUGCCAAGUGUUCCAGCAACCAUGGUUCAGUCCCAGCAAAGUACACAGACACCAAUGGCUGGGAGUACUGGGCUAAUACAACCUGGGCUUCCGCCUGUGAUGCAAGGUUCAAUCAACUUAUCUUCAAUCAUGUCACAGACCAACCUGUUUCAGACACAGCAAGGUACAGGUCACCUAGAGGAGAGACGGAAUUCAGAACAGCUUGUACUUCAGACUUCUCAGUCUGGUGAAAGCAAGUCCUUCAUGAAGCCUCUAAUUCCAGAAAUUCUUGGUAACCCUUUAAAUUUGCAAGUGGCCAGUCCAAUGAACAGCCUCACAAAUUCUGUGUUCUCAAUACCAAUACCAAUUGAUGGAGAUGAAGACAGGAAUCCAUCUGCUGCUUUCUACCGAGCUUUUCCUGUAAACAAGUCUCGGGAUGCAAAGACCCUCUACGAUAGUGCUUCAGGAGCUAAUGUGGUUGCAAUCGACAACAAAAUAGAACAGGCCAUGGAUUUGGUGAAAAGCCACCUGAUGUAUGCAGUGAGAGAAGAAGUGGAAGUCUUAAAGGAGCAGAUCAAAGAGCUGAUUGAAAAGAACUGCAUACUUGAACGGGAGAAUUCACUAUUAAAAUCACUAGCAAACAAUGACCAGCUGUCUCAGCUUCAAACCCAGGUGACCAGUCUCAGUAGCACUUCACAACCACAGCAGCCGACUGCAGGAGCACAACCUCAACAAAGCACACAACAGACGCAGCCGCCUCCACAACCUAAUGUUCCUUCUGCAUGAAAACUGCUCGCCUGCAUAGGAAAUACUUCAGAAAAAAAAAACAAAAGAAAAAUCCUGUCUCUGUGUGCCACUGGUGUUCUUACCACUCUACCUUGAUGCAGCAAAUAGCCAUGCUUCAAUGUGUUUUUUGCUCCUUGGCCUUUUCAGUAUUAGACAAUCAUCUGCAAGAGCUUUCUGCGUGUGAUGUCCCAGCCGGCAUCAAGCGUGUGACUGCACAGUGAGAGGUGGCUGAAGGAUCUGUAACUUCUUGGAGGAAAGCUGAUUUUCACCAGGUUUACAGACAAGUGGGUACCUAGUCUUUCUGGCUUACCAAGGUUUUUAUAUAUAUAUAUAAAUAAAUAAAUAUAUAUAUAAAACAUAUAGGAAUCUGCAGGCUACGAGCCUUUUCCUGUCUAACAUCAAGAUCCUGUUAGCAGCUCUGUUCGAAAAGAGCCACUGUUCUAGUAACUUUUUGCAUACAUGAAUUUUCAUUUACUGUUUGUUUUUAUUUAUUACAGGGCUGCUAUUUUCAUAUGUAAAUGAACAAUGUCACAGAAUCUUUUUUUUGUAAGUUUGAAAUUAAAAGAUAAGAUUACUGGUAAAAGCAAGCGAUAGUUGGGAUUGCAUAUAUUAGUUUAAAAAAAUAUAGGCAAUAAUAAAAUUCAAAAAAAAUAUCCUGGCCUGAGUUCUAACACUAAUGGCAGUUUUACCGCGGGGAUUUUCUUCUGUAAUAGUUGAAUCCCAAGUUUUGAAUGUAAAUUUUGUAUAGUGUGUAAGUAUUGUAAGGAAGACCAUAGCAGAUGUGUACAAGUAGGCACCAGACAUUGUGACUUAAGACCUUGAAAGGAUAUUUGGGCUUUUUUUUGAUAAAAGAAAAAUAAACUGUGCUCAUUUCUGUUGCUGAUUUUCUAUCUGAAGCUAAGGAGGGAGGGGGGAAUUGCCAUGAUAGUUCUACAUUUUUUUUUCUCCUUUCCUCAGUAUGUUUGGGGGGAAUAAUAAGCUGUGAAAUUGUUCAACCUACUUUGUAACCAAAGAAGCAAAGCCGUGUCUGAAUUCAUUUAUUUUGUACGCCUAUUCUGAACAUAUUUUAGUUUAUAUUUUUAUUUUCCUUGACCUAUAAUGUGCAUCCUUUAUUUUCUUUUUAAUCUUCAGCAUGUUCUGCAUGACCCCUUUGUCAAACCAGUUUCUUACCUCAUGUUUUUACUGAGCACUCUUACUGUAACGAGUUUAGUCUGUGAACAAUGUCCAAUGAAAACUAUAAAAAACAGCUGUUGGAUUCGAACUAGUGUUAAAAGUGCUAGUCAGAAAAAAAUUGGAGUGAGCCAUCUUUUGUUUAAAUGGUGUUUUGAAUUUCAUAUGCAUAAAGUUUUGUUACAUUGCAGAUUUUAUUGUAUUUAAUAAAUGCAACGUGCCGAUUCAGA